CAAAUUUCCUUUAAGAUACUUCACUUCACCAUCACCUCUAAUGCAAAAAACGAGUGUCGUUUUCGGUAUGAUGAGUAUUACCUCGAAAGGUAAAGGGAGUUGCAAGAAGAUUUCGAGACACAGAAAGCACUCCUCACCACAAGCUAAAGAUGUUGUUGUCGAAAAGAAGACGACAACAACGGGGGAUAGUUCAAGUUGGCCACAGUUUGAAGAUGAAGACUACAUUGUCUUCUGUUUCAAAGAAGAUGGAGCAUUCGAUGUUAUAAAGAAUGGGAAUAAUUCAGACACUUCUCAUUGCAUUGAUUUAGUUUCAACAAGUUCUAGACCACUUAAUUAUAGUAAAUGGGAUAAAGCAGCCAAAAGAUACAACAAUGGAGAUUACGUUAUAUCACCUCAAAAGGAGGAUGAAGGGGAAGAAAUGAAGAAUAUUCACCUGGAUAAAGAAGAGAACAGAAUGGCAAAUCACAACCAGCUGAUCGAUAAAAAUUCGAUUGUGGCAGUGCCUACUGAAUCAAGCGACUCAAAUUAUUCAGAUGUGGCAAAUCACAACCAGAUGAUCGAUAACCAUCCAAUCGUGGCAGUACCUACCGAAUCAAGCGACUCUAAUUAUUCAGAUGUUAGCAAUGGAUCCUUCGCGUUUCCUGUGUUGGGAUGGGAGUGGAGUGGAAGUCCAGUGCAAAUGCCAAAAUCAAAAGGUUUGCAGCUGAGAAAGCACAAAGUGGGGUGUGUAGGAGGAUUUCUUUUCUGUUGUAAAUUUUAAAAGAAAUUAGGAUUUCAUUUGUCUCAAUAUUAUUCAAAUAAUAAACAAGAUUUUAGUUUUUUUUUUAUGUUAAUCUAUGAAAAUUUUGUCUGUGAAAAGAAGCAUUUCCUCUUGUCUAAUGUUCAAGGGUCUUGAUAUACAAUGGCAAUCCAUUCUUUGGUUAGAGAUGA